UUUUCCAACAUCUCCAUGGGUUUUAUAGUUUUAUCUCUUCCUCAACUGCCAAAACCGUAACCAGUAACUUUCUUCCUCUAUCUGCUAUCUCCUCCACCACCACGUAACACCGUAACUGUACCUGUAACCUAUGUCACUUGAUGUUUAAACUAUAUCUAUAGCUUAAACCCUUAUCUUCCUCUCUGCAAAGUUGGAUUUUUUUUCUGUGAAUUCCCUCUAAUGGUUGUAAAAAUUGGUUGAUAAAAUAGUGAGCUUUUAGUACAAAUGUCUCUGAAACUCAUACCUUUUAGCAAGACUUGUGUUUUAAGACCACCAAAUUUCAGAAUUUCCAACAAUAAUUUAUGUUCAAAUAUGCUUGGCUUGAGGUACCCACCACAAACAAAAAACCCUAUAUUGGAAUCUGUUCAUAUUUCCAGCAAUUGCAGCUCAAGAUAUGUAAUUGUUUGUGGGUUGAAAGGUCCAAGACCCAGAUAUCCUAGAGUAUGGAAGACACACAAGAGAAUUGGGACAAUAUCCAAAUCCAGAAAGCUUGUUGAUUGUAUAAAGGGAUUGUCAAAUGUUAAAGAAGAAGUAUACGGGGCUCUUGACGCAUUCAUUGCAUGGGAUUUAGAAUUUCCUCUAAUCACAGUAAAGAAAGCAUUGAAGGUCUUAGAAAUUGAAAAGGAAUGGAAGAGAGUGAUUCAGGUGACAAAAUGGAUGUUAAGCAAAGGUCAAGGAAGGACAAUGGGAAGUUAUUAUACAUUAAUGAAUGCGUUAGCAGCGGAGGAUAGACUUGAGGAGGCUGAAGAGCUCUGGACGAAAUUAUUUUCGGAGAAUCUGGAAGCCACACCUCGCAUGUUCUUUGACAAGAUGAUUAGUAUUUACUACAGCAGAGAGAUGCAUGAAAAGAUGUUUGAUGUUUUUGCCGACAUGGAAGAGUUGGGUAUUCGGCCAACCACUUCAAUUGUUUCGAAGGUUGGAGAUGUUUUAAGAAAGCUUGGGAUGAUGGACAAGUAUGAAAAGUUAAACCAAAAAUAUCCACCACCCAAGUGGGAAUUUCGGUACAUCAAGGGAAAGCGCGUCAAAGUCCAAACUAAGCAGCCCGAUGAACUUCCUGAUGAAAAUAUCAUUGAAGAGUUUGAUGAAAAAGGAGAAUCAGAUGGCACUGGCAUAGAUGCUUGUGACGAGGAACAUUGACACAUUGUGAACAACAAAUUACUCAAUGAUGAGAGGACGACUGUAUUGGGUUAAGCGUGAGAGGUUACUUAAUGGAAGAUAUUGUGGCUGACUGAUGCACAUAUAGAACAAAACCCCUCAACAUGGUAUAUUAUGCAAUGUGGUUUUGCUUCCCCAUGACUUUUUUUCUGUCGUUUCAUACUUCAUAGUGCCAAAAAACUACAAUCGUAAAAAUGAUUGCAGUUUUACACCAAUUGCUUCUUUUGGUUGUGUAACUUUUCUAGAAAAUCCCUUCUAUACAGACUAUACUUGAUAAAGGAAUUGCAUUUCACGGAACUCCACCAUAAAUAACAUGGGCAUUAUAUCAUGCUUGACUUUA